AUGGUACAAGGCCGUCCGGACUCCUGUCUACCGAGGUUCGGCAUCUUACCAUUCUUCAGCUGUGAGCCUGAUGAUGUCUGCAAGUACGGCUACAGGGACGACAAGACGUAUUGGCUGUCCACCUUCGACACGUUCGAGCAACAGCCGAAAGUGCCGGCUGAGGGAACGGACAUCAGGCAGUACAUCAGCCGCUGUGCAGUCUGUAUCACGACCAACCUGGUGCUAGCCUUCCACAGUCAGAGGGCCUCGGUCAUCCCGGACUGUCCUCAGGGCUGGAGGGGCAUCUGGACUGGCUACAGCUUCCUCAUGCACACCGCUGCCGGAGAAGGAGGAGGUCAACCACUGACCAGUCCCGGAAGUUGCCUGGACUAUUUCCGGUCUGCACCGUUUAUCGAAUGCGUCAACGAUGUCUGUGACGUGUCGUCCAAUCAGCUCAGUUUCUGGCUCAUCGGAAUUCCGGGUGGUGAGAGGGAACAAUUCAACGAGCCGCGCAGAGUUGUGGGCAAGCUAGACGUUCUUAGGCAAAGAAUAAGUCGUUGCAGGGUCUGUGUUUACAACGGUGGCUUGUACGAAGAAAUUGUCGCUAAAGAAGCUCCUCCUGGUGUAACAGCAACCGGUGUUUUCAACUUUGGCGGCUGAGUGUUAAAAUCAGGUUGAAAAAAAAAAUAAUCGAAAUGUUGUCAGCACUGUUAAGUUCGCCAACUUCAUGAUAUUUAGACGACAUCUUAUUUCAAGUUUUGAAGGUAGUGACAAUGCAUGCCAUUUUGGCAAGAGAAUUAUUUUAAUGAUAAUGUCCCCAAAAUAUACAUAAUGGUGCUAUAUUAUAUAAUUAAACAUAAUGACUAUUGGAGACAAUGACAACUGUCGUGGUGAACUCGCACAUUUAAAAUACAUUAGGGUCAGAAAAAUGUAUGGUUGUUGAUACGGUGCUAACGUAUAUCAGUACUAUACACAUUAAAACUUUUUCGACCAAUUACGACUAAAUAAUUCUGACAGCUGUAGUCAUGAUCAGGUAUAUGAAAUCAAGGAGGUCUAAGGAAAUUACUAUCCUCAUGUGUAGGAAUGCACAAUUUUUUUCCUAUCCAAUACAAACAUUUGAAUUAACUGCUUGUACAUAUUUAAUUUUUUGACAAAUUUGUAAACCUUAAAGUACAAAAUGACGGUUUGAUUCACGAACAUUGUCAACUAAUUCAUCGUGGAUUGAAGGAAAUUAGGAUUGUCAUUAAUAACAAUUUACGUUAUGAUAUAGCGACUUUGAUGACUGAAUGUAUGUAGUACUUUUUAAUAUGCUUAUAAUAUGCUUAUCAUACGCAUGUCUUGAUAUUCACAGUAUUAUUAU